GGAGUCUCGUAUUUCCCGAACAAGCUGCUCCAGCCGGAUAUGGUGUCGCCCCUGGACAAGUGCCUGAAUAUGUGCAAGGCAAACUGCUCCUGUGCCGCGGUCUUCUAUAGCAAGAACUCGAGCGGCUGCUACUUCGUCAAGGACAUCCUAGGAAGCUUGGACUUUGAUGCCACUGCUGCGGUGCAGUACUCCGCCCAUCUCAAGCUCGAGAGUGGCAGCAUUGUCCUGAAGCCUGGAAACAAUAAUGCUCAACGAGCUGCAAAGCUUGCCGGAAUUGCUGUUGCCUCUGCGAUUGCAGUGUUAGUCGCCUUGGGUGCCUGUGUCCUUGGACUCCGGAAGCGAAGGAGGCUCAAGGAGGAGGAGAUGACGGUGAAGUCCCUGCUCAAUUCCAUGCCUGGUGCCACGCCUCACAGGUUCUCGUACAAAACUCUCAAGGUGGCGACGAGAGGUUUCACGCAGAAGCUGGGAUCCGGCGGCUUUGGCUCCGUGUAUGCUGGAGUGCUCGCGAACGGGACACGGUUGGCCGUGAAAGCUCUUGAGACGGGUGGCGGCCAUGGUGGUCACAAGCAGUUUGUAGCCGAGGUAGUGUCGCUGGGGAGCAUCAGUCACGUGAACAUCGUCCGGCUCUGCGGCUACUGCGUGCAUGGCUCGUCGAGGUUGCUGGUGUACGAGCACGUAGCAAAUGGUUCCUUGGAUCAGUGGCUUUUCGACAGCGGCAAAAGGAGCUUGAGCUGGGAGAGCCGCUGGAAGAUUGCUCUUGGAACUGCGAGAGGGCUCGCUUAUCUGCACGAAGAGUGUAGAGAUCCAAUCAUGCAUUUGGAUAUAAAACCGCAAAACAUACUUCUGGACGAGGACUUCACGGCCAAAGUGUCCGACUUUGGGAUGUCCAAGCUGCUGACGAGCAAGGACAUCACACAGGUUGUGACUGGGGUGCGAGGAACUCCCGGCUACCUGGCCCCCGAGUGGCUGCUUAACUCCAUAGCCACCAAGAAGUGUGACGUUUACAGCUGUGGAAUGGUGCUGCUCGAGUUGAUCAGUGGAAGAAGGAACAUCCAGCCAGGCAAGCUUGCAUCGUCCGGGAAUGCUCUCGACUGGUUCUUCCCAAUGUGGGCUGUGAACGAGUUCAAGGCAGGAAGGCUUUUAGAUAUAGUGGACGAGAAGGUACGUUGUGUGGAGAUUUUACCUCUUGUAGAGACGCUGUUUAAGGUUGCGCUGUGGUGCAUCCAAGAUAGUCCAUCGGCCAGGCCUUCCAUCAGCAGAGUUUUGCAAAUGCUUGACGGGACUUGCGAUGUUCCAGAGCCUCCGCUGGAUUUUCAGUUUUAUUACCAGCAACAGCGUGCAGCUUCAGGCAACGUCUCAGUUAUCGCUCCAGUUUCACUGUCAAUCGAAGCUAGAUAAGUUGGAACAAAUAAGAAAACAACUGCCUGCUUUGCUUACCGCA